CGGAAAGAGUUCUUGCGCUGCGAUAUUCGCUUUUUAGUUGCAGCCGGCCUAUGGGAGUGACUGUUUUGCUAGGUCGGACUCAAAUACCAGCUGUCCCUAAUGCCAGCGAGUCGUGAGAGCAGCGACACCACAACCAAUUCUUCUUAUGCUAAGUCGUCUUGAACGCGCGCGAAAAUGGCUUACUCACCAACCGGUGCAACAACUGCGUAUCAAUCCGCAUGCUCAAGAACGAUACAAUCACUUGUGUACAAUCCAUGGAAGCAGUCCUACUUCUGACGACGUCGUAUCAAUUAAACGUACAAUCGGUACCGUGAGCACUGGUUCAAAGACAAUCAAUCGCUUCGAGCCAGCAUUGCUUUUCUUCCUUCGCAGACCGGCUGUCCAUUUCGAAGCAGGCGCUUUAUUAAUCGGAUGGACUCGCAUCCCUGACGGCUCCAGAAUGCAAGUCUGGUUCAGAGUCGCAAAGGAAGGCACGCUGUAUCCCUUGCCCAGUGGUCCGCCGGACUCGCGUUACUAUCCUGGCGAAGUCACUUGCGACGAGUGGCAUCCGGUCAUCGCCGACAUUAUCGACCCUGAGAAGUGCAUCUACCGCCUCUUGCAGUAUGCAUACCUGCACUCGUGUAUCAAACUUCUGGAAGCUAUGGUCCCUUCCACCUUCGAUCGAGAACCAAGGACAAGACCCCGACGACGCCACCACAGCGUCUACAAACGACACAGCCAUGAUCGACCUGACAGAUUCUGAUGACAAGAUUGCCAUCAAGCCAGAGCUAGAGCCAGGCCUGUCACAGGUUGCGCCCCAAGAGCAGGAUCCGUCUUCGCCAGUCGUCGCCCGUGACCCCGCAAUCUCGCCUGUUCACAUCAGUGAUAAUCAACAUCUGGCUGCGCAGCUCGAACAAAAGAUGCAGGCUUUCCGUAACAAGCUUGAAAGCAAGGAUGUCACAGAGCUACAAGAAAUAUCGGAGAAGCAGCCAGAGCUUCCAAAAUGGAUCAUGAAGCUCGUCGGCGAGGUGCUGCAGAAGAAGAUGCUUGAGGAUC